AUGAUCCACAAAGGACUCGGCGUCUCGACUACGCAUCUUGUUUUUUAUAUUUCUACUUUUAUCGUAGCGACGCAGUUAUGGUCCCUCUGGACACAGUCGACGAGAGGCGGCUGGUUCCCCCAUGAGCGGCGAGAAUUCAUCUUCGACGCUGACAAGCACGCAAACAUCCACACUUUCAGUCACGAACAAUGCGAUAGUUCGUUCCCAAAAUUAUACCACAGUCUCGACCAGUCAGUCGCCCGGCGGCAGGGGCGGAAAGUACACAUGCAGGAUAUCGAGAUCGCGAAGGGCAGAUGUAUGCUCCGGCUGAUGAUCUACGAAGGCGAGCUCUUCGUCAUCGACUCGGGCAAACCGGAAGAAUGCUACGUAACCAACGGCAACGAGCGCGAGCGCAUCCUCGGCACACUGGCGCAAAUCGACCGCGCCCUCUCCACAUCCCCAACGUCGGACCCCUCAGUGCCCAACAUCGAGUUCAGUCUCUCGCUCGACGACCUCCCGCGCCGCUCAAAGGGCAAGGGCGUCUUCUUCGGCUACACGCGCAAGGAGGAGCGGGAGUACAACGACAUCUGGAUGAUGCCCAACUACGCGUACUGGAGCUGGAACUACACGCAUGCGCCGAGCUGGAACAGCAUCCGGCGGGAGAUAGAAAUGAAAGAAGCCGAAGUGCCCUGGGAGAAAAAAGACCCACGGAUCGUAUGGCGCGGGAAGGUCAGAAUGGCGGAGCUGCGCAAGGAGCUGGUGCGCAUCAGCGCGGGCAAGCCCUGGAGCGAUAUCAAACCCGUCGUCAUCAACAACGCGUCGGACGCGCACACAAAGGACGUUAUGAACCUGCGCCAGUUCUGCGGCUACAAGUUCACCGUUCAGACAGAGGGCACCAGCUACUCGGGCCGGCUGAAGUAUCUGCAGCUGUGCCGCAGCGCGCUCGUCACGCACCCGCUCGAGUGGCAGGAGUUCCAUACGCACAUCAUGCGGCUCGCGGGUCCGGACGUGAAUUACAUCGAGGCGAGCGAGAACUUUGGCAAUCUCGAGGCCGCCAUGGAGUACUACCGCGAGCACGACGCCGAGGCGGAGCAGAUUGCGCGCAACAGCUACGAAACGUUUGCGAGGCGGUAUUUGACGCCUGCCGCUGUCACGUGCUAUUGGCGACGCUUGUUCUGGACGUGGGCGAGCGUGCAGGGCUACGAGCCGCAGCUGUACACCAAGGACGGGGAGGGCAAUAUGGCCAUGCGGGGCACGCCGUGGACGGCGUUUGCGGCGAACUGGCCGCGCGAUCCGUCGAUCAUCCCGUGA